GAUCUCAUCAUCUAAUAUAAUUUAAUCAGCCUUGGCGCCCCAAACACCUUGAUCAGCAAAAUCCAUCCCAUUGAAAAUUUCCCUCAAUAAAAUCUGAGGGAUUUUUCUUAUUGUCUUCUUUCUCUCUCCUCUUCUGUGUGUUACUUCUCAAAAAUUUCUAAGAUCUCAGAUUUUUGAGAAAGAAACCCUUUUCUUUUUCAACAUGUAUGGAUUCGAAGCAAUGACUUUUAAUAUCCAUGGAGGAUAUUUAGAAGCAAUUGUAAGAGGACAUAGAUCUGGUCUAUUAACUGCUGCUGAUUAUAACAAUUUAUGUCAGUGUGAAACUCUUGAUGAUAUUAAGAUGCAUCUUUCUGCUACUGAAUAUGGUCCUUAUCUUCAAAAUGAGCCAUCUCCGUUGCAUACAACUACAAUUGUGGAAAAAUGCACUCUUAAGCUGGUUGAUGAGUAUAAGCACAUGCUGUGCCAAGCUACUGAACCAUUAUCUACUUUCCUGGAAUAUAUCACGUAUGGGCAUAUGAUUGACAAUGUUGUUCUUAUUGUGACCGGCACCUUACAUGAGAGGGAUGUACAGGAAUUACUAGAGAAAUGCCAUCCAUUGGGAAUGUUUGACAGCAUUGCUACCCUCGCAGUUGCUCAGAACAUGCGUGAGCUUUACCGAUUGGUGCUUGUGGACACCCCAUUGGCUCCAUAUUUCUCCGAAUGCAUUACUUCUGAGGAUUUGGACGAUAUGAACAUUGAGAUUAUGAGGAACACUCUUUACAAGGCAUACCUUGAGGAUUUCUAUAAGUUCUGCCAGAAACUUGGAGGAGCUACUGCAGAGAUUAUGUCUGACCUCUUAGCGUUUGAAGCUGACAGAAGGGCAGUAAAUAUCACAAUAAACAGUAUUGGCACUGAGCUGACUCGAGAUGACCGAAGGAAACUAUACUCUAGUUUUGGCUUACUGUAUCCUUAUGGUCAUGAGGAACUUGCUGUCUGUGAAGACAUUGAUCAGGUCCGUGGUGCCAUGGAGAAGUAUCCCCCUUACCAGUCCAUUUUUGCCAAGUUAUCCUACGGGGAGAGCCAGAUGUUGGACAAGGCAUUUUAUGAAGAAGAAGUGAAAAGGUUAUGCUUGUCGUUUGAACAACAGUUCCAUUACGGUGUCUUCUUUGCAUAUAUGAGGUUGAGGGAGCAGGAGAUAAGGAACCUUAUGUGGAUCUCUGAAUGUGUCGCACAGAAUCAGAAGUCCAGAGUUCAUGAUAGUGUUGUGUUCAUUUUCUAGGGCUUUCACAACCUUAAAAGAGAGAAGACAUAUUUGUUUGUUCUUUUGCAUUCUUGUAUAAAUAUCUCUCAUUGCUGUAAUUUGCUGAGACUGAUGCCGCAGCACCCUUGUCUGACUCUUUUUCGAGCUGCGUAGGGUAAUAAUUAUAUCAAUAUGUAAGCUUAAUACACUAUUAGCGUAAAGGAUUUAAAAUUGUUUGGGUAUGUCUGAAUAAUUACCAAUAAAAUAUUGAAUUUUCAUCUA